AUGGGUCAACUACCUCUCUCUCGAGUCACACCAUCACGACCAUUCGCUCACACCGGUGUCGAUUAUGCAGGACCGAUCACAAUGAAAAAUUCAAAGGGAAGAGGCUCGAAAACGAUCAAAGGAUGGAUCUGCAUGUUCGUAUGUUUCUCGUCAUUAGCUGUUCACCUCGAGGUUGUCAGCGAUUACUCAACCGAGGGAUUUCUGGCAGCCUACAGAAGAUUCUCAUCACGAAGAGGGAUCGCUCACAAGUUGUACUCUGACUGUGGUACAAAUUUCAUUGGAGCACAGGCAGAGCUCAAACGUCUGUUCACGUCAAGUUCACAGGAGCACCGACAGAUCGCAUCGAUUCUGUCAGCUGACAGCACUCAAUGGAUGUUCAACCCACCAGCUGCUCCUCACAUGGGAGGAAAAUGGGAAGCUGUGGUGAAAUCAAUCAAGUACCAUCACAGGAGAACAAUUGGUGAGCUCUUACUAACAUUCGAAGAGUUUUCCACUCUCCUCACACAGAUCGAAGCGGUGCUCAACUCAAGACUAUUGGAGCCGCUCAGUGACGAUCCCGACGACAUCUCUGCGCUCACCCCAGGACACUUCCUCAUCGGUUCAGCGCUCAACACGAUACCAGAACCAUCACUGCUCGACGUCUCACCAGGUAGAUUGUCGAAAUGGCAACUGAUCCAGCAGAGAGUUCAACACUUCUGGUCUCAGUGGUCUCGACACUACCUGCAGAGACUUCAAUCGAUCUCAAAGUGGCAUCAUCCAUCGAACGACAUCAAGACAGGCUCGUUGGUGCUGCUCACAAACGAGCAUCUCCCACCCAGCAAGUGGCCACUCGCAAGAGUGAUCGAAGUUCACCCCGGCAAGGAUGCUCUCACCAGGGUUGCAACGGUGAAGACUGCAACCACGACUCUCAUCCGACCGAUCACCAAGCUUGUCAUCUUGCCUGUUCACCAUCAAGCUGAGCUCACCCCUGCAGAAACAUCAUCAACGAGUUGCUGA